AUGGCCCUUCGCCCCGAGGUGGCCCUGCGGACGCUCAGCUGCGGCCGCUGGGAGUCCGUCCUGGAGGUCAUCGCCCCGGUGCUGCAGAAGGGCACCGUGGCCCCGAGAAUCUUAACAAAGGCUCUGACGUCCUUGGCCUCAGAGGGCCGAGCCUGGACUUCAUGGCAGGUUUUGCAGGCCAUGGCCAGUGGUGGCAUCACCCCGAGCGCUCAUCACUGUUCGGCGGCGAUCGGCGCUUGCAGGAGGUCGGGUCAGUGGCCAUUGGCUGUGCACAUGUUGGCCUUCAUGGGCCACUCUCGGAGUCGCCCGAACCAUCUCUGCCUCAACCUCGCCCUCGGCUGUUGCAGCACGAACCGGGAAGCUGCGCAGCGGCUGCUGGUGUCCAUGCAGUCCUGGGCAUUGGUUCCUGACAUCAUCGGUUUCCGAACAGUCCUCGGGAGCUGCGAGCAGGCUGGCGACUGGGAGGUGGCGCUGCGCCUCUUCGAGGAGAUGCACGUAGCAAUGGUACAAGCAGACCAGCGAUGCUAUACCGCUUUGAUUCGUGCCUUUGGCAAGAGAGAUCACUGGCAACCUGCGCUGACUACCUUUGCAGAAAUGUGCAGGCAGGCCGUGCCCUUGGACCAGAUCACGUACUGCAGCACCAUGGACGUGUGCGACAAGUCUGGCCAUUGGCAAGUCUCGCUGCAGCUGCUGCAGGCCCUGAAGGAGGACCUUCUCAUUCCAGAUGUCCAGAGCUAUGGAAGCGCUAUGAGCGCUUGCGGCACAGGCGCAGCCUGGCAGUUGGCCGUAGCUCUGCUUGGAGAAAUGGAGGAGGCCAUUGUCGUGCCCAGUGCUUUGGCGGCCAGCGCGGCGCUGAGCGCUGCCGAGACAUCGAGCGCGUGGCAGGCUUGCCUGGUGCUGUUGGAAGCUCUUCCGCAUUGGCGGCUGCCAGUGACGGCCUUGCAGGCCGCAUCAGCAGCGAAUGCUCUGCGUGUACGGCAGGGUAGCGAGGACGCAUGGCGAUUGCUGGAACGAAUACGGAACAGAUGGCAAAGCGGGGCGGCCUGCUUUCCAGGUUCUGGCGUGUGUUUGCCGGAUGCUGUGGAGAAACUCACAACAAACGUGCCGGGGGCCCAGGCCCUGGCUGUGGGUUCCGGGGUGGCGGCUUUCUUGAAGCCAGCCGGCCGGCGAAGCGAGGCACUCCUUGAGAAGUUGUCGAGCCACGUCGGGCUGAACCUUCAGAGUGUCUCCCGGCUGGACUUUUCCACCUCGGGGGUGCUUCUCGUGGCCCUCGGGGAUGCCAACUCGACGGCUUUCAGGUGGAUCCAAGCGCAGAUUGCCGCCCGUUUGGUAGAGAAGGAGUACCUGUGCCUAGUGGAAGGUCCUGCGAUGGGGCCUGCUGGAGUCGAAGGGUGCGCCGAGAUGCCGCUGCGGGAUAUCGUUGGUCCGACAGGCACCAGGAGCGAGGUCGCCAGUCACGGCCGGUCGGCCAGAACCGAGUUUCGAGUGCUCCAGCGCUUUGCUACGCCGGUCGACUCAGGGGAAGAGUUGAUGCUGCUUCGCGUACGCCUUCUCACAGGGCGGAGGCACCAAAUCCGUGUGCACCUCGCUUCCGUCGGGCGCCCAGUGGUGGGAGAUCUGACCUACGGACGGCGCUGGAAGUCGUUUCUUCCAGACUGCCCCCGACUUUGGCUGCACUGCGAGCACAUCGCGUUGCGAGACCUGGAAGGAUCUCCGUUCGCUGCCUUCGCUCCGCUCCCCGAAGAGCUUGAGGUGAUCCUCUCUCGGCUUAUGCCCAAAGCAGGCGAUGCUGAUGGCGGCGCAAAAGCAAAAGCCAUGGAGUUUAAAGGGUCGCUACACUGCUUACUACAGGGGUACCAUAAGAAGUGCCCUGGUAUAAGGGAUACUGCGACCGCGACCUUGCAGCAUUUCCUUCCCCGAGCAGCGUGCCUUUUUGUUUGCGCGAGCAUCAGCGGAAUUUGGGUUCGAGCUCCAGAAACCCGCCCUCUGCAAGCCACUUAG